GCGUUCACAGGCGGGAGAAGUGCAUGAUAAGCACUGAGGGCCAGUGUAACUUUAUGUGAAAGUGUGAGCAGCGCCGUGCCCGAGAGGGGGAGGAGCCCAGGCAUUUGUGCGCUGUAAACUAGACGGGGAACCGGCGACAGCUCCUGGGUCGCACUGCGCAUGCUCCCUGUCUUCUAGAGGCAGAGGGAGGAAUGUUUUCCAAGUGUUUGUAACUGCUGUGUGAGCACAGGCACCUCGUACCGAGCGGGCGGACGGUGCGGGUACACCGGGGACUCGAGCAGUGACCACUCCAUCCUCCAGCCUGCUGCAUUCUCUACUCCCAGCGCCCACCUCUUUCCCCACCCCCUUUACACACACACACACACCCCACAACCUCCUUCCACUGUCUUGUUCCCGAGUUGUCCAGAAAGACAGCCAUUCAAUCAGCUGCUGAGACUGCUGCACUUUUUUUUUCCUCCCGUGCCCUGGCGCCUGUGAUUCCCUGCUGCCGUGGCCGGGCAUCCACCGGCUGGAGGCUUGAUGCCAGGCACCGAGUGCCCCCCAGCCUUUGUGUUUUCUGUCCCUCUGCGCUUAGCACUAGUGCAUUACUAGUUGGAGGCUGCGUGUAUUCCUCAUCAGGAGGAGGGAGGAGGUUGUGCUUAUUAGCGAGUGCCCUCAGAGGACAGAUCCUGGAGCUGGCAGGAGCCUGGCGGUGGGUUUGUGCUGGAGACCGGAGAGGCACAAGAUGUUAAACCCGACCAACGGCGACCAGACUCACAUGGUGAACUACGUGGAGGAUUACUUGGACUCCAUCGAGUCUCUGCCUUUCGACCUGCAAAGAAACGUCUCCCUGAUGAGAGAGAUUGACGCCAAAUACCAAGAUAUCCUGAAAGAGUUGGACGACUACUAUGAAAAAUUCCGACGUGAAUCCGAUGCAGUACAGAAGCGACGCCUUCUGCAGUUCAUACAGAGAGCUCUUAUUCGUAGCCAGGAAUUGGGUGAUGACAAGAUACAAAUAGUUAGCCAGAUGGUGGAACUAGUUGAAAACAGGACACGACAAGUGGACAGUCACGUGGAACUGUUUGAAACAUGUCAGGAUCUAAACGACAGUACAAGUAAUAGCAGCAAGAACACCCAAGAGAAGUCUAAAAGUGAGGCUCUCUCUCAGACUGAGAAAACCAGCAAUAAGAGAUCAAGGAGGCAGAGGAACAAUGAGAAUCGAGAAAAUGCUACCAUUAAUCAUGACCAUGAUGACCUUACAUCAGGAACACCCAAAGAAAAGAAGCCAAAAACAUCAAAGAAGAAAAAGAGAUCGAAAGCUAAAGCUGAAAGAGAAGCAUCACCUGCAGAUCUCCCUAUUGACCCCAAUGAGCCAACCUAUUGCCUGUGUAAUCAAGUUUCAUAUGGUGAAAUGAUUGGGUGUGAUAAUGAAGAAUGCCCAAUAGAAUGGUUUCACUUUUCAUGCGUUGGACUCAACCAUAAACCAAAAGGAAAAUGGUACUGCCCUGAAUGUAGAGGUGAAAAUGAGAAAACCAUGGGUAAAGCACUUGAGAAAUCCAAAAAAGAAAGGGCCUACAACAGGUAGUUGACUAGCAGUUCCCAAGGGAAGGCUAAAGCAUUGUAUUUAUUGCCCAGACACGCCUUGUGAAGGUGAUGAGGGUGGCAAACCUUUUUUUGUAUCCAAGUUUAGGGAUAUUCAUGUUUAUAGUGACAGCAAUAACAUCACUUUAUCCCAUCCCUUUGUCUAAGAACCUACCUAGUGAGCUGGUUUAUUGUUCAUGCCAUGCAUGUCUUCUCAUGUUUGUCGUCUCGGUCCCUUUCUGGAGUAGAUGGGGGCGGAGAACAUAUCAGUUAUGGUGGAUGUCUAAUGCACUUCUAAAACGUUUAAAAGCACUGUGUCCAUCCACUAGUUUUCUCACAGCGCAUUGUCUUGUUUUCGGUUAUGUUUUCACCACUACCUUAUGGCCAGCAAUUAUGCCGGGUUAUUUGAUGGUAACAGCAUAUAUCCCUAGAGAUUUUGACUUUCUUCAAGAGCCACUGCUUUGUAAUUUAUUUCCGUAUACCCCUUGUGAAUUAUAAAUGUGACCCAUGCUCUAUGGAUGCAUUAUUGGUCCAUCAAACAGAAUUUAAGACAAGUAGCUUAUUUUUAAAGUGAUGCAAAAAUUGCAUUUUACACGGCAAAUAUUUUAUACUUAAUUCUGGCCAGGGAACCAGAAGUGGCCAUUUUAAAAAUGAUUAACAAUGUUUUUUUAUUCAACCAAACAGUGGUUUAGUAAUGAUUCACACAGAUCAAGCUUUAUACAGGCACAGGUAUUAGUGAAGCAAUCCUAAUUUGUAUAAAUGUACAUUUUAAGUGGCAUUGCACUUGAUGUAUUAUAAUUGGAAAUGCAGCUGAAUGCCGUUGUAUAGCUAAUGUGCAUUUCCUUCUGUAUGUAUGAAGAUUGUACAGCUGUGAUACUUAAAAUAAAUACACAGAUCUA